AUGAGGUCUAUUCUACUACCAAUUCUCGUCUCCCGUCUACUGAUCGUAUCGGCUGUUGCGCUGCCAAUACCAAUAAUCCAUCGAUCCCCAGACGUCCUGGACGAUCUCUCGGGCAUCAUCGACGAUGUCGUGACGACCUCGAUAUCCGUCGUCCGCGCUCUCAAGACAGCCAUCCGAGACGACGCGCUCGUCCGAAACGACCUCGAGCCUUUUCUCGACGGCAGUGACACCGCGUCUGCAACAGCAGCCUGUCCGGACGUGGCAGUUCUCUUCGCCCGCGGCGCCCAAGAGCCAGGAAACGUCGGCUUUCUCGUCGGCCCGCCCCUCUUCCAAGCCCUGGAGACGUACAUCAACGGCACAUCGUCCCUGGCGAUACAGGGCGUAGAGUACAGCAGACUUUCGCGUGCCGACGCCGGUGCUCGCAUGGCUGCCUUCGCGGCCGCGACGACGGCGCGGUGUCCUGGAACGGGUAUUGCCAUGGCAGGAUACUCGUUCGGGGCCAAGGUCGUGAGGAGCGCGCUCGCUCGGGGCAACAGUACCGUCAGGAGCGUGGUGUUGUUUGGCGAUCUAGAGGAGGGGGCGCCGGUGGAGGGCGUGGAUGCUAGGUUCGUGAAGACCUUUUGUCACGAGGGGGAUUUAGUUUGUCAGCGCACGAGUCCUCCGGCGACGACAGGUGCUGGGGAUGACGACGGGGUGGCUGGGGGAGAAGGGCAGGAUGGGGAGUUUCCGAGCAGCAAGAAGAACGUGACAGGCCCGCAUCUGGAAUAUAGCCUCGACGCCCCGGCGGCGGCCAUGUUUGUGAUGCAGAGGAGCGGACUCGGGGUUGCGAGUGAUGAUGCGAUGGACGAGGGAAUGGCUGGAACAGUGGUGGGUAUGGUGCAGCAGAUCAUGAAGAAUACCAAUGGGGGUAUAGCCUCGAGAAGAAGAUGA